ACACCAGUGCAGGCUACCGUAGUGUGACAGUUGGCCUCCAUGAUGGAUUCGAAGCCUGUUAAUGCUCCCUUUGAAGCCUGACGGUAAUCCAUCAUGGCUCCUCAUACGACGCUAAGCACAUCUGAAAUCGGCGAGAAAGCCCGUCGGGAUCUCCUCCUACUCCUUGAGGGAGUACGGGGAAAGAAGAACUUGGUGCUAGAAAAAGCGCUUGCUGGACCAUUGAAUCUUCUUGUCAAGGUUUCCACACUCCAGGAAUAUGGCGUGGACAAGCUAUUCUUCUUGGAGAACGACAAUAUCGACUCCUCUCAAAGAAAUGUCGUGUUUCUAGUGCGCGGAGAGAAGGCUAGGACGGUAAUGGCAGUUGCUGAUCAGAUCAAGCGCCUUCGCCGGAGUAGCCAAAUAGACCACGAAUUUUCCAUCUUCUGGUCGCCUCGAAGAACCAUGGUGUCAGACCAAAUUCUGGAGGAAGCCGGCGUGCUAGGGGAAGUCAGCAUCUCCGAGCUUGCAUUGUAUUUUGUCCCUCUGGCAGACGAUCUGUUAUCUUUGGAACUUGAAGACGCGUUCAGUGAUCUGUACCUUUCCAAAGACCCGACUUCCAUAUAUCUCUCUGCGAAGGCUCUCAUGCUCAUGCAACAGAAACAUGGCCUAUUCCCGCGGAUCAUUGGCAAAGGCGACAACGCAAAGCGUCUUGCCGAUUUACUAAUAAGAAUGCGUACUGAGGUUACAGCAGGCGAAAGCUCAAAUACGAAUGGGCCAUCUUUUCUCGGUCUCACUCCUAGUUCUUCAAUAGACACCUUGAUCGUCAUAGAUCGCGAAGUCGACUACCCAACUGUUCUGCUUUCUCAACUCACAUAUGAAGGCCUGAUUGACGAGUUCUUUGGAAUCCAAUCAAACCAAACAGAAGUCGAUUCCUCGAUCGUGGGAGCAGCCUCUCAGCAACAACCCGGGCAGAACUCUGGCUCCGCAGCAACACAAUCACAGACCCUGAAACGCAAAAUCGCCAUAGACGCAAAAGACACCCUCUACAGCACCCUCGGCGACUCCAACUUCGCCAUCGUGGGCAACCUCCUCAACAAAGUCGCCCGCCGCCUCCAGAGCUCCUACGAAAGCCGCCAAAUCGCCAACAAAACCACCGCCGAGCUCCGCGACUUCGUCGCCAAACUCCCCGGCUACCAAGCCGAGCAAGCCAGCCUAAAACUGCACACCAGCCUCGCCGAAGAAAUCAUAAAACGCACGCGAACCGACACCUUUCUGCGCACCCUCGAAGUCCAGCAAAACAUCAUGUCCGGCGCCGACCCCAGCACGCAGCACGCCACCAUCACCGAGCUGAUCGACCGCGGUGUCGCCCUCCCCACCGUCCUGCGCCUCCUCUGCCUCGAGAGCUGCACCAGCGCCGGCAUGCGCGCCAAAGACCUCGAGACCUUCAAGCGCGCCAUCCUGCACGCCUACGGCCACCAGCACCUCCUCACCCUCGCCGCCCUCGAGAAAAUGGGCCUCCUGACCGCCCGUAGCGGCGGCCUCGGCGGCGGCCUCGGCGGCGGCGCCGGCGCCGCAAAGCCCGGCUCCGUCACCAACUACACGCCCCUGCGCCGCAACCUGCGCGUCUGGGACGACGAGGUCAACGAGGCCGAGCCCAACGACAUCUCGUACGCCUUCUCGGGCUACGCGCCGCUCAGCGUGCGGCUCGUGCAGAGCGUCGUGCAGAAGCAGCAACUGGCCGGCCUAGUGAAGCCCGCGGGGCAGCAGGCCGCGGCGGCUGCGCAGGGCUGGCGGCUGUUUGAGGACGCGGCGAAGCAUAUCCGGGGCGCCACGUUUAAUGAGACGCAGAGUGGGGAGGAGAAGGCGGUCAAGGCGCGGCAGAUGCUGAAUGGGUCGGGCCACGCGGAUAGUGGGAAGACGGUGGUUGUGUUUUUCUUGGGAGGGAUCUGUCGCGCGGAGGUGGCGGCGGUGAGGUUUGUGGGGAGGAAGCUGGCGGAGGCGGGGGGGAAGAAGCUGUUGAUUUGUACGACGGGGAUUGUUAAGGGGGAUGGGGUUGUUGGGGCGGCGGUUGAGACGGGGAGGUUUGGGAAGGGGGUUUAG